ACCGGUCAGAUUCCCCACCGGCCAGUUCAAUGAGACGCUGCUAUCGCACGAGGACACUUUACGUCUCUCACACGCCACAGUCAUAAGGACACACAAGUUUCGCUGGUCUCUGCUUCCACCUAGAAGAAAGACUUAAGCCUACAGCCUGGUCCGCAUCCUGCCUGCCGUCCCCCUUCCGAAGUCCUGAAGGCAAAGCCGCGGAGAUGCUGCUGAGGUGGAUGUUGAGCUUUGUGCUGGUCGGGCUCGCCUGUGUGGCUUUAACGCGCGCUGCUACCUGUGGCCAGCGGCAGUUCCGCUGUGGAAAUGGGAAAUGCAUCACCACCCGCUGGGUCUGUGACGACAUGGACGACUGUGGGGAUGGAACUGAUGAGCUGCCAGCCACCUGCAGCCAGAAGAUGUGUCAGCAGUCAGAGUUCCAGUGUGGCGGGAGGCUGAACCAGUGUGUGCCCCUCAGGUGGCGCUGUGACGGAAAGUCUGACUGCGAGAACGGGGCCGACGAGGAAGGCUGUGUUCCAAAGAACUGCACGGAAGAAGAGUUCCGCUGUAACGAUGGUCAGUGUAUUUCUGCGUCAUUUGUGUGCGACGAUGAGUCGGACUGUUCGGAUGGCAGCGAUGAGGCCUCCUGUGCCCCUCCCACCUGCACCUCUGGCUCCUUUCAGUGCAACAACUCAGUGUGUGUGCCCCAGCUGUGGGCAUGCGACGGGGACGCUGACUGCGCUGACGGCUCAGACGAAUGGCCCCAGAACUGCGGCCACAAGGCCCCGGAAAAGCCCUGCCACGAUCAGGAGUUCCACUGCAGCAAUGGAGAGUGUAUCCACAUCAUGUGGCGCUGUGAUGGGAGCUUCGAUUGCAUUGACCACUCAGAUGAAGCCAACUGCAGUGCACCCACCUGUCAGCCUAAUGAGUUCACAUGUCUGGAUGGUACCUGUAUUCCUGGCAUUCGGCAGUGUGAUGGCGAGUAUCACUGCAGGGACAUGAGUGAUGAGAAUGACUGUGCAACUGUGAGUAAGUGCGAGGGUCCGGACACUUUCCAGUGCCGCAGUGGAGAGUGCAUCAGCAUGGACAAAGUGUGCAACAAGCAGCGAGACUGCAGAGACUGGUCUGAUGAGCCCCUCAAAGAGUGCAAUACCAACGAGUGCCUUGAAAAUAACGGUGGCUGCUCUCACAUCUGUAAUGACUUGAAGAUCGGCUAUGAGUGCCUUUGCCCUGCAGGGUAUCGCCUGGUGGACAACAAACGCUGUGAAGACAUUAACGAGUGUGCUGACCCUGACACCUGCUCUCAGGUGUGCGUGAACCUGGAGGGCAGCUUUAAGUGUGAGUGUGAGGAGGGCUACGAGAUGGAUCCCAUGACCAAAGAGUGCAAAGCUGUUGCAGGAAAUGUCCCGUACUUAUACUUCACCAACCGUCAUGAGGUGAGGAAGAUGACGCUGGAUAAGAGUGAGUACACCUGUCUGAUCCCCCGGCUGAAGAACGCAGUGGCGCUUGACAUGGACAUGUCCAGCAGGAGGAUUUUCUGGUCCGAUCUCUCCCACAAAAAGAUCUACAGCACUUCCGUGGACCAGGCUGCUGACUCCUCCCACCACAGCACCGUGAUUGACAGCCGUAUUUCUGCCCCUGAAGGCUUGGCCGUUGACUGGAUCCAUGGCAACAUCUACUGGACCGACAGCAGCUUAGGACUCAUAUCCGUGGCAACCACAAACGGAUUGAAGCGCAAGUCCCUUAUCACAGAGGGUCUGAAAAAGCCACGGGCCAUUGUUGUAGACCCAGAGCACAACUUCAUGUACUGGACAGACUGGGGACAUCCUGCCAGGAUUGAGAAGAGUGGUUUGAACGGCGCUGACCGCACAGCUCUGGUCACUGACAAUAUUAUCUGGCCUAAUGGCAUCACACUGGACAUGGUGAAGCAGCGUCUGUACUGGGUGGACUCCAAAUUGCACACGCUCUCCAGCAUCGGGGUCAACGGCGGCCAGCGUCACACACUCAUCAUCGACGAGAGCAAGCUGGCCCAUCCACUCUCGUUGACCGUCUUUGAGGAGAAAGUGUUCUGGACAGAUGUGUCUAGUAAAAGCAUCAUGAGUGCCAACCGUCUGACAGGAAAAGACAUAGUGAGAGUGGCGGAGAACCUGAUGUCUCCUGAGGACAUUGUGCUGUACCACGACCUUAAACAACCCAACGGUACAAACUGGUGUAAGGAGGGUAAUCAAGUGAACGGAGGCUGUGAGUACCUGUGUCUUCCGGCUCCACACCUCAACCAGCACUCACCCAAAUACACCUGCGCCUGCCCUGAUCACAUGGUCCUGGGCCCUGACAUGAGGAAAUGUGUGGAAGAUGAUCAGACAGUAAAGGCAGGAACUACAGCAGUGGUCCCACGCCGAGUCCCAGCCAGGACUUCCCCCAGACCACCCGUCAGGCCUGACACCACCACUACUACCACUAAACAAAAGAAUGAAAGAAACAACCUUCCCUCUGACACAAGCAGAGAUGAGCAGCCAGCUGUCAAGACUGAGAUUACUCCUAAUGAAGGCUCAAGCCACGAGUAUGUCACAGUUGUUAGCCAUUCCCAACACCCUGUCGCUCUCUACGUCAUCCUGCCAAUAGUUGCGAUUUGUCUGACUCUGUUUGGUGCCGUGUUGCUAUGGCGACACUGGAGACUGAAGAACACCAACACCAUCCACUUUGAAAACCCCGUCUAUCAGAAAACAACAGAGGACCAAGUGCACAUCUGCAGGAGUAACAGCCAAGACGGAUACGUCUACCCCCCGCAUCAGAUGUUAAGUCUGGAUGACGAGGAGGACAUGGCAUGACGACUCUCUCAGCAGGAUGCAAACAACCCUGUGGGAAGUCAAAUCUGAAGAGCAAGGUCAUAGAUCAUUGUAGAUUCUUCUUGCAUACUCCGUUUUCCUACCUUGUCCACUGCACAACAGAAUGUGAAGGAAAAAUCCAGAACUUGAAGCAUACAUUAAAGAAUGUCAUCACCAUGAAGCCACCACACUCAUGUUGGAUUGUAAAUUUAGCAUAUAUUUAAUUUUUGGGACCAAACUCAAGCGGGAGAUUCCAUCCGUAUCUUGGAGAAAGAAUUUAAAUUCCACCAUAAUAUGAAGGACUUCAUAUUUUGAAAGAUCUUAAAUGAAGGAUGUCUUCAGUAAGCCUUUUUUGAGAAGCUCUGCAUGAGGACCACAUGACACAUUCAUAAGCUUUAUGGAGCCGAAGGCACUCAAGAAAAAGCCAUGCUGUCUAACUGUAUAUGAGUUGAAGGUGGAGAAUGCGGGCACUGCAAAGGCACGUAAAAGACUGUGACUGUCCACUCAAGCGAUUACGAAUGUGUAUGUUCACUUAUGAAUGUGUUAUGUUUGUACUGUUGCCGUCCAAUAACAUCUCAGGGCUUCACACAAAAGUGAGUGCAUUUACAUGCACUCAAUAAUCUGACAAUACUCGGAUUUCUGCAGUUAUCUGAUUAUUCAAAUGGUCAGUGCAAACAGCAUACUGCAUCUGAUAAAGAAGCUGGAUUUUAGCUCAAUAAUCAGAUACAGCACUCAAAAGUGCAUGUAAACUCUUACUCUGAUUUCUUUCAGAUUUCUCAGUCUGCGCAAGUGCGAAAACAUGCAUUGAUUGGAUUACUGACAAAAUCUGAUUUUCUGUAGUUAUCAGAUUAUUAAGUGCAUGUAAACUCAGUGUUACCCACAAGAGUACAUAUGAUUGAAUUAUCAGUAAUAUUUGGUUGUAUUUCUUUUCAUAUAUGAAGGUUUAACACUCUUUACCUUGCACUACACAUUGUACGUGUUUGAUACUCCCUUUUUUUGUUAACUUUUUCUUGCAACGGUCCUUCCUGAAUCACAGUUUAAAUUGCAGUAGAUUACAUAACACUAGAUUGGAAUUAAAAGGAUAGUUCAGUAAUAGGCUAAUGCUGCUAGCAGUAAAUGAAAUCGAACAGCAACAAAUUAGCAUUGUAACAUCGUAUCAACAGGUAGGGGCUAGUUUUUAUCCACUGUUAGCCAAGUUAGCAUGCUCGGUCAAGCUGUUCUUUUAAAGUCGAGGUUGACAGGGUCAUCGUAGCACCAAAAAAGACGAACAGGACUAGCUUAGCCUACCAGUACAUAAACGUUCCAAAGGGACCUUUACAAAACAGAGCUAUUCAGGGAAAGAGAAGCAUGGGCAGGUACAGUUUUGCUGGUGUUUUGCACAUGAAGCGCACAGUCCGUUACCUCUGUUGAAGAACGAAGAUGAAACACAAGCUUUUUUAGUGAGCAAUCUGUUCUUUUGUUACCAUUGUGCAUUCAGAUGUCUGUGUGCCUGUACAGUUCCAUCUGUAGCUUAGCUAAAUAGGUGGCUUAUCUCUUCGUCUUGGUUGAAACAUGCCUUAUGAUGAGAAGAUUACAUGUUGCCUUAAAUGCUGUAUAUCAAGCUUCUCCUCAGGUUUCCAAGCAGGCGUUGUUCACUGUGUUACUGUCCUUUCUCAACUUGUGUUUGGAGAGAGCCAUUUUAAUGAAGAAUCUUUUUUCUUUUGGGAGAAAUUUCACAUGAAUAUAUAAGUGUAACUGCAUCACAUACGAUAACUAGGCUGCUGAUGUUCUCAAAUUGUCCACCAAAUGCAGACAGCUGAUCCUGACUCUUGAAGUCAGGUUGGGAAGGACAAAGAAAGCCAUGAUGAGAUUCUCUUAUGAGAGUGAAUGAAGAAUUUCUAACCUGAUGUGAAUGCAGCAAGUCUUAACUGUAAAAAGUGUGUACAUAGUGCCUCUGUAAAUAUCCUUCUCGGUUGCUCAGUGCUUUUUAUUACGUUUGUACAGAUGUGAAUAUGAAGAUGUGCUUUAUUUAUUAUGUAUUGUGUUUUUUGUUUUCUAGUUUCUUUCCUUUGUGCGGAAGACACGGUCGGUCUUGUUUUAAAAAACAAAAUCCAAAAAAAAGUAGCCAUGCACUAUUAA